UAGCUCCCAUCUCACACUCACCAUCAUCUCUCCCAUAUUUUUUGUGCUGGAGCCCUCUCCUUGGCUGCUGUUGCCAUCCAUCCAUCCAUCCAUGUUUCAAUUCCAUACCAUGUCACCCUCUCACCACACAACACACUAGCUCCUAUCUUGCCUCCCACACUCUCUCUCUUUCUCUCUCUCUAGAUCUCUCCCUCUCUCUCUCUCUCCUACUGUUAGGGUUUGCCUCCUGCUUUAACCCCAGCAGCUAGCCACCUUUUGAUUUCCUUCUCUCUCUCUCUCUCAUGUGAGUCAUUGACAUAUUGACAUCCAACUCCACUAGCUAUGGCUAGCUAGCUAUAGCAAACAUUGUUAGCACACACACACAUACACCACUUUCUCUCUCUAUCUCUUGCAUAGUUGAAAUACUACUGUCUCAUUCUCACUUAGCUGCUAAGGAAUGCCACAUAAAUUAUAAAAGAGUACUACAGCACAAGUUGUGGUAGAGCAAUUGGAAAGAGAAGUUUGUAGUUUUCCUCUUCCUAACACUCUUCUUCUUCUCCUUUUUUCACCUCUGAGAAACUAAUUAAGCUAGUAGUAGUGUUCAAGAAGAGUAGAGGAAGGAGGAGACUGCAGCUUAAUUGUUCAUCUCAUCAUCACCAUGGUUUUCUCCUCGCUUCCAAUCUUCCUAGAUCCUCCAAAUUGGACUCAGAUACAGCAGCAAUCACUCCAGUGUCUCAUCGGCGGCGGUGGCGGCAGCGACCACCACCACCUGAUGCCACCGCCGUCCGGCCUGGCACCUUUGCCGAGCGCCGGCACGGCUGACACGGCGGCAAGCGCGCCGGCGGGAGGCUCAUCGGCGUCACUGCAGGCUGCGGCGGCGGCGGCUCAGCCGCGGCCGGCCGUCGUGUCGAUGUCGGAGCGCGCCCGGCUCGCCCGCGUGCCGCUGCCGGAGCCCGGCACGCUCCGGUGCCCGCGCUGCGACUCGACGAACACCAAGUUCUGCUACUUCAACAACUACUCGCUGUCGCAGCCGCGCCACUUCUGCAAGGCGUGCCGCCGCUACUGGACGCGCGGCGGCGCGCUCCGGAACGUCCCCGUCGGCGGCGGGUGCCGCCGCAACACCAAGCGCUCCAGCAAGAAGUCGUCCCGCCAGGGGGGAGGCGGCGGCGGCGCGGCGGGAGGAGGAGGCGCCACGGCCGCCACGUCGUCGUCCUCGACCACCUCCACCUCCACGACGGCCACCACCUCGAGCGCCGCCGCGGCCGCGGCAGCCGACGUGAUUGCCAGCAUGCAGGGCGCGCUGCCGCACCACCUCGGCGUCCUCCCGUCGUCCGCCGCCGCCGCCGCCCUUGAGGCGUCGCUGGAAGGGUACCACCACCACCACCACCACGGCCACCACCUCGGCCACCUGCCACUCCUGCAGCCGCCACCUUUCUUGCAGCAAGGCCUCCAUGGCUACCACUUCGCCGACGGUGACGGCGGCCUCCUGGCCGACGGGUUCCCGAGAGGCGUGGCGUCAGGGCUGCUAGCCCAACUGGCGUCCGUCAAGAUGGAGGAGCACGGAACCGGCAAUGGCGCCGGCGCCGGCGCCGGCGGCUUCGGCGGAGCGCAUGAGCAGUACUGGCCCGGCAAUGCCGGCGCCGGCGGUGGCUGGCCGGCGGAGUUCUUGUCCGGGUUCAGCUCCUCGUCGUCGGGGAAUGUGUUGUGACCGUCGGGAAAUCCAUGGAUGCAUGGAUGAUAUUGCCACAGAGUUAGGUCUCCCUUAGUUUUAGGGUUAUGUGUGGCAUGCAUUGCAUGGGUUGUGUUCUUAGAUCACUUAAUUAGGCUGGCUUUAAUUUGUUGGGUUUUUUUACAUGUUCUGUAAUUUUUCUCUCUUUUUCUUUUUUACUUUGAGUUGCAAGGUCAAUUAGCUGCUAAAUGUGUUGUGUAAUUAGCAGCUGAUGAUGUAGUGGGUGAAAUGAUGCAGGUGUUAAACUCAUGGAGAGGAAGCGGGGGGG